CACAGAGAAGCUUUCCGUUGCCAAUGGUAACUAGGAUCCUCAAAUAAUGAAUUGCGACACAUAAACGGUAACGUUAACGGUAACAUAAAAACUCCUUUAUUUUACUUGAAAGCGCAUAUACCGACCGUCGACUUCGAUUCAUCAUCCGAGAAUGAAGAGAUUAUCACCAUAUAUCAAAGACCAGCUGGUCUUUCCCUGAAGGUCCCUGAAGACUUUGACAGUUUUUCAAUUGAUGAUGAUGAACUAGAGGAGCUGUUGAAACCUGUAACACAGACAUGCUGGUCAAAAGAGACUUGCAGCCAGAGUGUGAAGUUGGACGAUGAUGAAAUUGUAGAAGGCACCUCUGGAACUCAGUGGGGUACACAACACCCUGAUGCUGAUGUUGAGGCAGGUGUUUGUGAGAGAGGUAUUGUGGAGUUGAAUGGAGCCCAGCUGGAUGCCUCCGUAAAACUGAAUGUGGACAACACAAAAUCUGAUGAGGUUUUUCCCAUUCUCUCAUUUGCGAGGCUUGACCAGUGGGAUCUGGAUGACGUCCUCCGAAAUCUGAGAGAGGAUGGGCUGUCUCUGCAACAAUGUGUGUCAGUUGAACCUGCGAAAACACAAGCAGAUGGUGAUCAGGACAGUUCCCAGGGGAAUAUAAUGGAGAGACUAGUUGCUUUCUGUAACAGCCAGUCAUCUAAGUCUGUGUCAGAGCCUGUGAAAAGUCCAAACCGCCUCAGACAGAAUAAUGUGUGGAACAAAUCAUCAGAAAGGAUGGCAGCAGAGUUGCAGCUGAGCCACCAGGAAUGUCCCACUGUAUAUAUUGAUCUCCGUUGCCCUGAUCCUUCAAUACAACCACCAAGAACAUCCCCAAAUCUUUCAUCAGGGUCCAAGUCACUGGUCAAACACAACACUCACCAGGAAACACCGCCUGCAAAGAAACCCAAUCUUAAAGUGCAUACCGGAUCAUGGAUGGGGGACAGGGAGGUGACUGGCAAGAGUAUGUUGCUUCAGAAAAUAAGGGAGAUGAAUAGAAGUGGGACUAAAUAUCCCAAUAAAUAUACAGCAGAGGAACUGAAAGAGAAGCUACCCCAGCCUGUACAGUCUACAUAUAGCCAUGAGUCACACCAUCUGUGGAAAGAUAAACAACCUUUACGUGUACAUGUACAGUUUGAGUACAGAAACCCUAAAAUGGAAAGCCCAACAACAGCUCAGCAAAGUUUGAUCAAAGAACGAAAGCAGCAGAGUGACCAACAGAGACAACAAGUUAAGCAGACAUUACAACAUAAACAACACCAGCAAAUUCUUAAGCAACUGGAAGUACAUCGUCCAACAAAAUCUGUCAAUCAGAAGCAGCCAGCUGCUGAAAGAACUGAUGUUCUUUAUGAUUUUGAAGCAUCUCAUCUACAGUCAAUCACUACACUACCAGCAGAUAUUGAAAGUAAGGGGUGUAUGCUGCUGAUCGUCAACCUCUCCGGUCCUGGUAUGGUUGGAGACAGAGCUCACGGGAGGAGAAAACAUCUGUAUACAGCUGAAACUAAAUCACACAUCUACAACACUUUAGUGGCUUGGUUUCUAUCUUUGGUUGGCCCAGACCCACAUCAUGAUGAAGAUGAGGUUCGUGCAAUGGUCCCAUUCUGGGUUGCAGGACUUCAGCAGCUGUGGACAGAGGAUGGACUGGCUUUGCAUGUUUUAGCUGUGGCUCGUCACAGUUAUACACCAAGGAAAAGGGAUAUAGACACCCAUGCACCUUUCUACAACCAUGUCUGCAGGUUCCUCUCUGAGACCUCACUCACUCUAAUUUCCCGCUGGCUACCUUACCUGAAGAACUUGCUGGACCAACAAGCCUAUGCCUCUCCCAUUCAUCUGCCCUCUUCAAGUUUAAAUUGUUUCAUCUCUGCUACCUCCAACAAAAAGGUUAUAGAUAGGACAUUUAGUCUCAGUCCAGGGUUUUACUGGCAGACUGUGGAAACUCAGGAGUGUGUUUGUAAAGGCAGAGAGACCACACAAGAGCUGCACACAGAGGUGUCAGUUGCUCUGGGGUGCAAAGCUUUCUUUGUACAUCCCUUCAUAACACACUACACCCUCCAGCUUGUUCUCGACUCAGGACUCGACAUGUGUGGUCUGCGGCUCCUUUAUCCACCUCAGGGCUUCCUGAGUGACAGUGCUGGUGUUGUACCAGUUAUCCAGAGAACUGAUGAGACCUGCCAGCCUGUUCUUGCCCUAGCUGUCCGAGGCCCUCAUGCCCACUCAGUGUUGAAAGAUUUAACAAGUUCCUUGGAUCCUCUGCUGCCCAGAAAGACAGCUCCAACAUCUCUCAACCCUCUCCACUACAGAAGUCAAGAACCUCCACUCUUCUACUCCCCUCCACUGGCCAGUCAAGUCCACAGGGAGCUGUGCUUGUGGUUUUCAGGAAGACUUAGAGGAGGAAGUGCACAGAAAUACAACCAGCCUCUGAAUAGAGUUGUACCCUUGGAUGACAGAGUGGGAGGCAGCCUAUUCAAUUUAAGCAGAUCACCUUCCUUUCUGUGUGCUACAACAAAAGCUGACUUACUCCUCGUGGUGUCGCCUGGCGUGCCUCCGUGUUGCUAUGGCCAAGUGCUGGCUGUCUGUGAACGCAGAGGCUUCAGUCUGAGGGGGCUGCAGAGACUGCAGCUUCAGAGCAAUGGAGCUGCAGUCCUUGGACUCACCAAUCAGCAGGCACUUGUGUUCUGCAGUCCACAUACUGUGACGCUGGAUCAGGAGGAGCUGGAGCUGCCCUCUCACUGUCUGGUGUUGUUACUGAGGAAAGAAAAUGCGAUGCACCACAGUGUUAGUCUGCCAGCAGCCCUAAUGACAGGGCUUAAGGCGCAAAAGCUUCUGGGUUGCAUCCACACCAGACUUGUUCACACAGUAGAGCCAAGUUUCUGUUUCCACACUGUGCCUUACAGCAGUUACCUGUUCCAUAUCUUUGUAAGAUGUAUGUGGCCAGUGCCAGAUCCUUCCAGUGUGAUCCUGUCCCAUCAGAAGUGUUUAUCCAACUCUGACAUGGAGCAGGUGGUGAUUUUGACCUUGUGUGGGAAGGACAUGAGCCAAGGCCUGAGCCUCCUACACAGAGUGCUGACAGAAGGGCCAGAAGGUGAUGUACAACAUGGAGGAUUCAAGCUGCUUGGCCUGAAGUGUCUGCCUGCGUUGACUCGACUUCAGGCUCAGGAACUGAUUCCAUACGAGGUGGGAGAGCAGCUGUGUCACGACAGCCUUGACAAUCUGAUGUCCUCUCCUGCCUUAGUGUGUUCUCUUAGACGGUUGAAUGCUCUUGCUUCACUGAGGAAGCUCCUACCACACGAUUACCCUGGUAGCCUCAGUGUCCUGGUGUCACCCACACCUGAAGUGGCUUUCAGACAAGCCUCCCUCUUCUUCUUUGAGCAUGAGAUGAUUCCUGACCACAGUGUACACCCACCUCGGAAGUUUCUUUCUCAGAACAGCAGUACAAAAGAUCCACAGAUGCUACUCACUGUGUGCCUGCUCAAGCCAAGAAUCUGGAAUCAUGCUCUGGCUAAAAUAGUCCGCAAACUCCAGCUGAGGGGCCUCACGUUGGUGGGCCUGCGUGUAGUGACCCUAGACAAAAGCAAUGCUAACUCACUACUGCCUGCAGAAAGUGACCCCUCACACUUGGAGGCCCAUGUGGAGUACUUGUGCUCUGGCUCCUCACUGGCUCUCUGCCUUGAGGGGGAGAAUGCAGUGAGGAGGCUGCUGGAUGUGUUGGGCCAAGAGGACUCAUCCCUGCGGACGACCUGUUAUGGCAUGGCUCAUUCAUGCAAUGGCAUCUAUGGAUCUGGAUCAUAUCAGAAAGCAAUUCAGGAUGUGAAGAGGCUUUUUCCACAAGGGGUCUGCUGUACUGAGACCAGCACAAUGAGACAAGAGCAGGUACACGUGUCACACACAAGACUUAGUACUUGGGUUGUACUUCUGACCGAUAAACAUUCUGUGUUUGUGCUUGGUUUCUUGGUUCAGAUAUUCAGCAUGUGCUUAGACCCUUUAACCUCCGUGGAGCGUGAACAGAGCUGCACACUGGCCCCUGUGGCCCAGGAAAGUCUGUCACCCUCGAUGGCAUCAGGCCCAAAUGGAGGGUCCCUGAUACACAGUGCUCUCUGGCAGACAACCUGUCUGCUGAUACCCUUAAAUGCUCCACCGCUCAGCCAAGUGCCAUCCCAGCUGGACAUGCUGGAGCAGCUGCUGAGGUCAGGCUGCCAUCUGGUGGCAGGGAGGAUGAGCAUACUGGAUAAUGAGCAGUGGAAACAUAUCGCUGAGACACUUAAAGUGUCAUCACGAAGAAAUGAGAGGAUGGCUCAUCUUUACACGGCACCCUGUGCCUUUCUCAUCAUGGCUCUGCAAGGGGAAACGAUUGUGACCUGCUUUAACUUGAUCCUGGAAAGCAUUUACAAGGAGAGGUCAGACCUAGAAAAAGUAGGGGAAAUGAUUAUCUACCCCGAGAGUGAGGAAGAGGCCGAGCAGCUGAUAUGCUGCCUAUUUGAUGCCUUGUCUCCUGACAGCUGUCAUACCAUUGUGCCAAUGGGUGCACGUGUACAAGCACAAUAAGCUCAAGUGGCCUGAAUGCAGAAGAUCAUUUAGAAAUCACAUUGUGGUCCACAAAAAUAUUGUAAGGCACUGGAAUUUUGAUUCUAAUUAAACAUGUUAUAUUUUGUCAUCUGACUCACACCAAACACUGUCUCAGAGAUGUAUUCUCUUGAUACCAAUUAACAUUAUGUAAUUAUUAAAAGGCACAGAUGUACUUGAAAGUGUAAUUGGUCCAUUAGAGAUAAAUUUAACAAAUAUAAAGAAAUGUAAGCUGUGCUUACCAAGUGAAUAUCUGUUUCAUUUCUUUUAGAAAACUUGAAUUGGGCCAAGUAGACCACUAGAGAGAUUGAGGGCCAACAACAAAUUGCCAUAACAACUCAGUUUUAAUUAUGUCUGUAUCUGCCAUUAAUGCUUGUGACAAUCAUCAUCUGUCCCCUGUAAUUUUACAAAUAACAAAAAUUAAUUUGGACCACGGCUUUAAGAAAUAGAAAACAAAGUCAGAUAGAAAGAAAGCACCUUACAGUCACUGUAGGCCUAUCAUAACAGCAUAUAAUGCAUAACCAUCAAUUUCCAAAGUGAUUGAGAUUAUGUAGUAAGCAAAAUCAACAAAAAAAACCCUUCAAAACAGUAGUUGUAGUGAAGUUUAUAUGGCCACUUCAGAAGCACAAAUGUCAUUCACCUUGACAUUCCUUCACUGUAGACAACAAUUAAAUGGACACCAAAUCCUUGCUUAAGGUCAGCAUGUGCUAGUCAGUAUUGCACAAACCUGCCAUAAACGUCAAUGUAUACCUAACACAAAAUGAAAUAUACAAAUACACAUUUUGUAAGGAUCUGACGCAUGCAUUUUUGAUCAUUUGUGUAUCAACUCACUAUAGCUAACUUUAGAUAGAAAAAGAUGCCAUUAAUUACGAUUAUUGAACAUCUAUUUAAGGUACUAGGUGAAUCCUUUUUAAAAUCAAUUUAGGUUUCUUACUGAAAUCAAACCAAUGAUGAAAUGUUUUACAAAAGAAAUAACAACAGUACAGGUCUUUGGUAAAACUGCAAAAAAUGAGCUCAAGUCCAUUAAUGUUGUAAGCAAAAGCCAUUAGCAUAGUCCUGUUGUUUACUCACUACGAGGAUAUACAGUAUGUCCUACUGAAUCAAAUAUCAGAUAAAAACCCAUCCAAAAACAGAAUUCCUGCCACUCACAAUUCUGGACUUUGCCUCAGUUUCAUCUGGAUGGCCUUGGUGCUCUGACCUGCCAUUUAUAACUCUGGGCAAGACCCGCCCUGUUCACAACUAUAGGCUGAUUUGUCAGAUACCUCAGCAAUUAUUUGAAUUCUGUUCAAGGGUAAAUCUUCCCUUUAGAAUACAUAUUUAGACAGCUACUAGAACACCACUUUGGUUCAUUUUUAGAUUAUCACACUAGACAUUAUUAAUUUAGUUGGCUUCACAGGCUAAACAAAAUAAACUAGAGGACCCUGUGAAAUUAGCUGCACCGUACACUGCUAUCCAGUGUAGGGGGGAAAUUUUUUUUAAAAAAAGGGACAAUCUACAGCAGUACAGGUGUGUGACAUCAUUCUAAGUGAUUUACAAAAGUACUGAAACUUUGACUCAAAUGCAUUUACAAAUGAAUAAUUCAAUCAAAUUAAGAUUUAGUCAAGCAGAAAACAGAUUAUUUCAUAGUUUCUGAAAUCUGAGCUGUGGAUGCAUUCAAAUAUCGAAAAAUGUAUAACAAGAAACUACAUUAAUACCUUUUCCAGUAGCAGCGAAGCUUGCAGAAAUUAUUAAGCCUUUACUACACUAAAAAUAAGUCAAUACAAAUAUUCUGGCAGUGUGACACAGUGCGAACUUUUUUUUAAAUUUUUUUGUAGCUGGUUAAUAUAUCGCAUAACAUGCAAUACCAGAACUUUAGGCUGCUUCUUAUGCUGUAAUAUAAUCAUGAAAACGCUGAAAUACCAUAACCUUUCUUGAUAUUUUUUUCCUCUGAGUUGCUUAAUUGUCAUUUAUGAGAAUGUAAACAAUGCAUUUUCCCAUAUUUAUAAGUAGCAAAAGGUGUACCUGGAGAUACAUGAUUUUCUAUUGAAUUUAAAGCAAGAAUAAAAACACAGUAGAAGGUCAUUUCAAUUAGAGGAACCUAAGCACAAAUCCUACGCAAAAUCCAACUUACAAGUUAACUACGGAAUUCCUUCAUUCACUGCAGAAUUAUUACAAUAAAACAAAUCAAAAGUUACUGAACUGUUUUAAAAGCAUUUUUAUAUGUUGCUAUACAAAUUCAUGUGUCCUGUUCUGUUUGCAUACUCCCAAACGUUAAUUGAAAAACCUAAUUUCAAAGACUGAAGCUGCACCAAAAGAGCACCACGACCAAGGAAUGAGUGGGUGGGUAGUUGAAGUCAGGACACAGGCACUGACAAUGUUUGUUUUCAGUUAUCUUCUGCAUAAAUACUUAAUGGGAUUGGGCCAAAUACACCGCCAUAUAUUUAUAUGUACACAUAUAGUCAUACACAUGUCAAUGCAAGACAAGACACAUUAUGCAGAAACCAGUGCACAAGCUUCAACUACUUCUGUUUGCUCUGACAAUUCAACACAUAACCUUUUCAACUAAGGCAAGGCACUUUCGAGUUAGAGGCCGAUAUGUUCUAGACAAGGUCAAGAGGCUAGAUUCCUACAAAAAUCACCAUCUCAGGCUUUUAGCAAAUACAAUACAUGCUUUUCUAAUGGCUAAUCUAUAUAAAUCUCUACAAAACAAAACUAACUGAUUGAAUAACAGCCUUAACAUGUAGCAUGUGCCUUACUGAUAUUACAACUGCUGGUUAUGCCUAAAAUGCAUUUUAAAUUUGCACUUAUUUGAUUGAAAUUUUAUAAAUCUAACUAUGAAAGUAGAAACUAUUAGGAACUUUUCUACGAAACCUUAAUAAUAUGUAGAACCAUGCCAUGAAUUAACAAUAGGAAACAUGAAAUAUUCAAAUUAUGUUUCACAGUACACACAAAAGCUUCAGACAUUAGCUUAUAUAGGAAAAAAAAUUAAAUAAAAAAAAAAGACAAAAAGACAAAAGAACACCUACAAAGCAGCUUAAAGCAAAUUUCUAUAUACCCUUUAAUAAUAAAGUCCCAGGUCAACAAAGUGCUUUAGUAAGAAAUCAAACUUCUUCAGAAAGUUGGUCAAAAUAAUGAUGCUUGACUGGUUGCAUUUAUAAAAA